AUGGACCCAUUACUCAUCGCCCACCCUCCCACCACCUUUGCCCAAAUGUCGGUCGCAACAGAUGACGAGAUGGCAUUCGACUCGUAUUGCAUAGUAUGUGAUAGGUUGAUCGUAACUCCAAAAGAGGUCGAGCCAGUAGCAGAGGGACCAAAGUCAGUCAAGAAGAAGUUGGGUGGUGGAACAAUCCGAGUGAAAAACCCAGAUGGUACAACUACAACGCGUACUGCGAAUGGGCAGAAAGUAACUAGACCAGGAUUGAAACGAAACCCAGCUUCAGCAGCACGUCUCGCUGCUCUGAACGCAACAUCGAAGAUGCAACCUCUCACACGAUCCAAGACGACAGACGCUACAUCACCUUCAGUUGAAUCGCCACCUAAAUCAGCAGAAGAGUCAUCAUCACCACAAUCACAUAAACUCGUCACUUUUAGAACCAACAACAACAACACUUGCUCAACAGGAUUCAAAUCAUCAAUAUAUUGCUCGAAACAAUGUAUGGAACAAGACGCUGGAAAAUCAUCAGAAGCAUAUGCCAACAUAGCUAGAACGUUAUCAUAUGAUUUUUCACACGCUUUCCCUCUAGAUACUCCAGGUGUUACGGUACCGGACCACGCGAGAAGUCCAUAUGGUCCACCUUCACCUCUUUUCGUCUCUGGAUCGGACACAGAAUCAUCUGCCGCAUCAAAUGCAGGUGGGUUGCAAGACCAUUCUGGACCAGCAAGUUCGGCACCUAAAUUCAUGGAAUACUUCAGAUUAGGCAAAGAAGGUCCUGACGAAGCUUGGAAAGCCGUCCAACGGGAUAGAAGAAGUUCAAUGCAACCAUCAGUAAAUCGUUCUGGUGCGAUUAACCAUCCCUCAACUGAGUCCUUGUCAAGUCUGUGGAACGGCGACUACGAAUUGGCAUUGGGAAGAUCAGUCUCAGGUUCAGGUAAAAUGAGAGCUAUGACACCUUUCCAAAUGCCUGAUCGAGAAACUGGUGGACCAGGAGCAGCAACGGGAAAUGGAACAAGAUCUUAUUCGAUUUCAAGUGAACAAUCAGCACCAAUCCCGGCUACGAGAGUACCGCUUAGAAGAUCAGAUUUAAGUCAUACUUCUUUGGCCGCUUCCCCUUCAUCAAUGCAAGGUGUACCGAUCCCACCUGAAUUCGGUUCCGCUCCUUCCCAUACACUUGAUCUGCUCCAAUCAUAUGCUCACGCUUUCCCUGUUCGAAGUCCAUCUGGUCUUUCAACCAGCGUUCAAAGAGGAUUUGUUUUCCCCGGAUCAACAACUAUGUCACCUGCUCCCUCGGAAAGUAGACGAUCAAGCAUUUCAAGACCUGUAUCAGGUACUGUUCGAGCUAAAUCCAGAACUGAAGCCACAUGGGAUUCGUUUGGCAAAGAAGCUGUUGAGGAGAAGAACUAUAAGUCUUUCUGUAAGAAAACAGGUCAAUCUCAAUCGCAAUCCACAGCAACUGCCAUGUCAGUACCGGAUAAUUAUCGAGGUAGAACCGAAUAUUCGCUGCAUGAUAAUACACCCAAACAAAGUCUCGAGAAAGGAGUUGGAGGAUGGAAAAUCAAGUAUUUUCAGCCUUCUUCAACUUUGAUAGAUAGGAGCGGAACCAUCAGAAGAGAUCGAUCAGCGUCAAGUGACAACUCUUCACGAUCAAAUGGUUCCCAAGCGAACUCAAGUGGCAUGACAAUCCCAAGAUCGAGUCAUCUGUCUAGUUCAAACUCAACCGCUACUGCCAGAACACCGUUAACAUCUCGAAUGCCACCCCCUGCAACUCUUCCUAAUCGACCAUCGACAACUGUCCCUUCUUCGUCCCUCUCAGGAUCAUCAGGUUUACCUUUGCCUGAUAUAGCCAAUUUGAAAAUUGAAGCUGGUGGAUGUGGGAUUGAAUCAAAUUCCAUGCCUAAAAACGGUUUCAAUUGGGAAUCAUCUGAGAAGAAAGGAAUGAAGACUUAUCAAAUCCCAGAUGCACCUCAAUUCAAGUUGGACAGAAACAAAGCUGGUCUAUUUUAUUUCCAGUAA